AUGAUGAAGAUAUUUUUUAUUUUUUUUGCUGCUGUUUUUUUACCAAUCUGCACUUCUCGUUGUCAGUUUGGCUGUACAUGUUACGAUGACAGUAUUUGCGAAUAUUAUUGUUACAAUUAUCAAUGCCAUCAAGAAAUUCCUUUAUGGCAAAAAUGUUCUGGUUAUUAUAUUCAUCCACGAGAAUGUGGUAGUGUAUCCUAUUGUGAUCCGAAUUCGAAUUACACUUGCCAAAUUCAAAAAAGCAAUGGUGAACGAUGUCAAUAUAGUUAUUCGUGUUUAUCUGACUAUUGUGAUUAUGAUACAAAGAGAUGUCAAUUCAAAAACACAGCUACCAAUUGGUUACUUCCUGUUGUACUGCCAAGUAUAAUAGUUUUUACAUUGUUGAUGAUUUUCUUUAUACUGAUCGUUGUACGCAUACAGAGACGACGAGCAGCACUUGCAUAUUAUCAAUGUCCUUAUGUUGUUUUACCACCGGAUACUAGUUAUUCGUAUCAAAAUUCUUCCGUCGUAACAGAAUCGUCACCACCACCUUAUCCUGGUGCAAUAUCGCCACCGUUGCCAAAAACAUAUCAAAACUGNUGCACCCUUUAA